AUGCAUAACGUCUCGCAAGUCGCCAGCACUUCCCGCACCACCAUCGACACCAUCGACACCGGACUUCCUGCUGCUGCAUCGGACAACAACGUCCACCCGAACGCUUCAAGUCAUGCUCAAUUCACAGACUGGAAGGAUCAGCGCCGCUGCCACUCGAUCCUAGCCGACUUUGAAUACUCUACAUCACCGGUCGAAGACCGACGCGAUCCACGCAGCUCCAACGCUCGCAUCGUCAUGCCCGUCUCUUCCAGUCAAUCCCACGUCGCCUCGGCUGGUGCAGCCCAUGACUUGCAUCCGAAUGAGACAGUCUCUCAGCAUGCGCCCUUGCAGCAUUCUCCAAGAGCUUCCACGGAGCCCGAAGCGCAAGCAUCUCCCCUCACCAUCGGCCCCGUGUCGCGAGCUCAGCAAAUCGAACAGGCGACCGGACCUCGCUCAGCACAGCUUCAGAGCUCGCUCUCCCAAUCCAGCCUGUCCAUGCCGCCGAGUCCGGAUCGUGGCAUCUCAGCAUCUCCUUCCUUUUCUGCCUUCGGAUAUGGUGCACAGUCUGCUUCCAUCUCGCAGCAUCGCCCAUCUUCUGCACAGAGCUCCGGUCUGAGCAACCAUGACGCAAGCGUUCGCACGUCGCAGAAUGUUUGUGCCGGCCUUUGUGCAGAUUCGAGCCAAGACGACGCUCUCCACGCUCAGGAUGCGGCCAUCGGCAGCACAGCCGAUGCUGCGGUGGAUCCCUCGCGGCCAUGGUCGAGGACGUCCUCGCUGCAAGCCAGCGAGCAGUCUGCGCUAGCUGUAUCGACACAGGAGGCUCUUCCGUCCAGGUCGGGCGCUUCGCAAGCUGCCUUUCUGCUUCAGCCGGUGCCUGCUGCCAAGCGCAGACGUAUCGAGGACGCUUCCGCAUCCAGCGGUGUGUCCAGACACUGCGACCUUGAGACGAUCGAUGAGGAUCGAAGAAGCAGCGAUGCUGGUCCUCGCUUCCCUUCACGGCAAGGUACAGUCUCCGUCGGCAAUGGCAAACCUAUCAAGGGCUUCAGUGCUAUCCACGCGCUGCAAAGCUCAUCGUCUCAGUCCGCGGGUCAGAACGCUUCGUCGCACCCUUCCACUCGCGCAAUCCGAGCGUUGACGUCAAAGCGCCAGACGAAUGCUGCUGUGUCCGGAGCGAGCUCUAGAGCGGGCGCAGCACCGAGUGAUGGGUCUGCUGGCGUUCAACGCAGCUCUCACUUUGACAAUGUACCUGCCCUCCCGUCCAUGGCUCCUCCGCGCAAGCACCAUGCGACCUUCUCGCGCAGGAUGCCACGCCUUGUUCGUGCUCAGAGCGUCCCAAAUUUGCGUGCCAAGGCGACGCUCGACAUCCAUGCCCCAUCGCAUCAUCGUCUCGCAAUCCCGAGCCACUGGGCCAGUUACGUAUCGUCGCACGCCCGACAAGGUCGUGAAGGUGCCAUCAUCUCCGCCAGGAGCAGCAACACGAGGUCCAAAGGGUUUCCUUUCAACGUCGCUCACCAUUCCGCUGGCACCGGCAGCUCGCGCUCGCGUUCAACAUUCACACCUACCCUGCAUCCACCCAUUACGCGCCACACGUUGCGCGAGCUUGACCUCUUCGAGAUUCUCAAGAACCCACAGCUUCGCCACGAUGUCGUCUUCGACCCCAACGUCCAGUUCCGUCCCAAUUUUGACGGAGAGCGCGGUCGACGCAAGCGCGAGGCGGGAGAACGGUACUGGACUGCGGUGGUACGUGAGAUCGAGACGGGAUGCACCUGCACCGCCUUCUCUCACGGUCAGCUCCUGUCGUGCACUUGCAAGGCGAAGAAGAGCCUGCGUCAGAUGAAUGGUGCCGGUACGCAAGAGGCUGCCAAACCCUUGCAGCAGUCGCGCAUUCCUUCGCGCAUCCCUUUGUUGGUGCAGGAGCUCCGCACCAUUUGUCUGUCCAUCCUGCCAUCCAACUAUCCGGUAGAUGCGGCGGCGGCCGACACCGAGGACGCAGCGGCAGAGCAACCCAAGACGGCAGAAGGCAGUGCAUCAGACGGGGUUGCCCCGUCAUUGCCGCAAAAGUCGACCGUCUCGAUAGGCUCUUCGACACCGUGGACAACCACGCACCACCAACUCAUUGCGCAGACGCUGGACCCUCACCUGAUCUCUCAAGAGCUGCAACACUGCGUGCUUGACGUGCCCUCCUUGGUCACCUUCAUGGGUUCCAUCCUCAAGCUGCAUUGCGCACCGAUGCGCGACGAGGCCAUCGAAAAGAUGGUGGAGGUGGUAUGCGUCGACCGCAACAUUGGCAAGGGCCUUCGACUCUGCUUCGAGAUCCUUGAGCUCAUGAAGCUUGAUAUUGCCAACCACCAGCUGCGAUCCGCUCGUCCUUUCCUGGUAGAAACGGCGGUCGACUUUGAGACGCGUUGGUUCAAGGAACAGAUCGAGCAGGGCAAGAUGUCGCUGGACAAGACGACCGCCUGGAUUCAGCAAGCACUGGCCUCGUCCUCUUCCGCAGACGCCGACGCUUCGCGCAACGACGUGGUCAAGGCGUUCAACCAAGGCAUGGUUCAACUCAUCUUUGAUGUGCCUGGAUCGCUUCCGUUGGUGUCGCCAGUAGCGACGCCGGUUGGUUCGCCUUCGUCGUCGUCUUUGAACCACACGUUUGCUUCCCACUAUCCCGAGACCCUCCAAUUUGAUGCAUACAGGAUGAUGACGUUUCACAACGACGUGUCGGAUCUCACCAUCGUCUACAUGCUACUGUUGCUCUUCCGACAGCUUUGCGGUACGCCGCUCGACGAUGGCGGAGCGCUUCCUCCGUCGGUCAGCAGCAUCAUGCAGGACCAGCUCAAGGGCAUCAAGAGCGAGAUCUGGUGUUUGGUGAAUGAUGCCAAUCUGUGCCUUUCCAGCACGAGCGUCCUCCCUCCAACGCCAACAGGGACCAGCGGUCCGACUCCGAGUGCUUCUGAGAAACUCUUCCUUGGUAGCGCCGGCAGUUUCGCCAAGCUGGAUCAGCCGCGAUGGCGUCGCGCGAUGCAAAACGUGCUGCUCCAAGUGGCCGCGCGUGCAGGUUCGGUGCAGGCGGCUGCUCGAGCCGGGCUAUCCGACCCUAGCACAGUCAAGGCUGCAGCGCCUUCGGCGUCGACUCAGAAGCUGCUCAACGCAUGGAUGGAUACAAAUUUGCGCAGCGGUUCGGCGCUGCACAAGAUCUGCCAAACGCGUCUGCGCGACGUUGUUCAGGGCAUGCUGGGAGACAAGGUUGGCAACGGAUUGCAGCCUACAAAAAGUUCGGUGCCUUGCGCUUCGGCUGUGGCCGCGAGCAGCUCGAACGGUGAGUCUGAUCGACUCAAGCAGAAGCGCGCCGUCCCGUCCGAGCUGCGAGAGGGCAAGGACGCCGAUCUGACGCCCACAAAGAGGCUUCGAAGCGAUGCCUCUUCCAUGACACCGUCGUCGUCGUCGUCCGACGCCGCUUCGACUGCAAGCGCGGUGUCGCCAUGGGUUGCAACCAUGACGCGGGCCGGUCUGGACCCGUUUGCUGCCGAGAUCCGUCUGCUCUCGGAUCGCAUCGCCAAAGUGGCGAUCUUCCAUCUGCGCGUGUUUCGCAACCUGUACGAAGGGAUCGAGUCGGGCCGCCACAAGUCUGUAGGCGGCACCCAACGACCCUGA